UACAUGUUCUGCAUUAUGCAAGGAUCAUCAUAUAUAUUGAGGUUAAUUUCAAUUUUGUUUUUAGGAAGUGUAAGGUCGAUUAUAGAACAGGCAAAUCAGUGCACGGUGUACGAGGGAUCUCAUGUAGUAAAUUCUUACAAUCAAAUUAACCCAGAUGUUCAUAAUCAGUUUAUCAGGCAAGGAAAAGAUUUUCUUAAAACAAAAGUACAACAACUUAAACCAGUCUAUGUAGAAACAAGAGCUGCAAAAGAAUGCAUUGAGAUCUUAGAAUGUGAAAAUUCUUUGGUGAUAAUCGCAAAUCCUGGGGAAGGAAAGACAGUGACAGGAAUAAUGACAAUGAAUAAACUAGCGAGUGAAGGCUACCAACCCAUUAUUUUAACUUCUCCAAAAGACUGGAACAGCAAGGUUGUACUUGCUGAAAAAUCAGAAAAGCUGGUUCUAUUUAUAGAUGAUAUGUUUGGAACAGUUGGCGUUGAUGAAAAUAAAGUGAAUGAAUGGAUAGCAAUGUCUGAGGUGAUAAGUUCCCUUCUUAAGAAAAGGAAUGGAUCUUUGAAAAUGGUUUGCACAACACGAAGGAAAAUAUACACAGAAACAAAACACAGAUUAAGGAGAUUCAAAUGGUUCAAAAAGUUCCGAAUGGUUGACAUGUCAGAUGAUACUUUUAUGCUAAGUGAGAGUGAGAAGACAGAAAUUCUCCAAAAAUAUUUCAAAUUUUACAAGAUUCCAGACAAAAAACAAUGUCUUGUUGCUGCUAAAUCAAGUCCUCCUCAUGGUUUUCCGCACUGUGUUGAGCUGUAUUGUACAGAGCCGCAUUGCUUACGAAUGGGCAUUUCAUUCUUCACAUGUCCGUUAUCUGCAGUGGAAAGAGAAAUACAAAUACUAUACGAAACUGAGUCAACUCAGUACUACGCACUACUCCUUAUCCACCUCUCACCAGGACAAAUGAUAACUGUUGAUAUUAUGUCAGGAUCGAAGGACUUUGACAAAAUCUUGCUGAACAAAACCCGUCAGUUGGCAAAACUUCCAACGAAGGACGGUAUGGAUAUUAUUCGUGCUAUUGAAAAAAUGACGGGCAUUUUUUUAAGAGAGGAGGAUGACGGCUCUGUUGGAUUUAGUCAUGACACGGUUAGUGAAAUGGUUGGUGUUAUAGCAACAAGAAAUAGCCCAAUACCAGCUGUAAACCUCUUAAGUAUGCAAUUCUUAUCCGAGAAAACAAAGUAUAUCUCGUAUAAGGAGGAUGACAAAAAUGAAGUUGCAGUGUUACCCAAAAAAUGCACUCUUGCGCUGGUGACAAGAAUAACGGUAUGUCUACUUGGUGGUGAAGCUUUUAGUGCAUGUAAAAAUCAUGCAUGGGACAAUUUUGACUUUGUGCAUACAUGGUUAGAUUAUGUCAGCAAGAAGGAAUCGGACAAGGUAGAAGGGAAUAAUCUCCUAGACGAUGUGAUGACAACUUCAUUGGAAGUCUAUCAGGUCAUGCAAAGGAACUCUCGGCCAACAGAAGUACAUGUAGGGCUGAUGUUUCUUUUGUAUCUUAACAAAAAAGAGAUGGCUAGAGAAGAAAUACUAAAGUUUUUCAGUAAACAGGUUUUGGAAGAAAAUGAAAGGCUGUCCAAAUUUAAAAAGGAGCACAGAUGUCCGUCAGGCAGGAAACUUAAACAUCCGUAUUUUCAAGAAAGGCAUACAGGCACUAUAAAUUAGGUUGUUUUAAAUGCUGAUUUACAUUGGUCAAAGGUCAGUUUUGUAAUUUAAAGAAUUGAAGCUGCCUUAGAUUAUGUAGAUUGAUAUUAGGUGCUAUUUUUAAGUUUCAGCAUACAAAACCAUUUUAGACUUUCCUAUUGCAUUUAUAUAUUGCAGUACAUUUAAUGAGGUACAUGAAUGCACUGUGAACAAUUAAGUUGUUUUAAUUGUCAUAUUGAAAACAGACUAAGUUAUGAUAUAGCUGUUGAUUUGUAAGUAUUAAUCAUUAUAAACAGUGAGCUUAAAUUUUAGUUUUAGUGGAUUGUAUACAACCUCAUAUGCAUUGUAUAUAUUUCCUUGUGAUAAAUAGCAGUCUUAAUCAUGAUAUCACAAUUAAUCAUCAGUUGUAAAUAUUGAAAAUAACUGAAACAUUGGAUAAGAAAUAAAAAUAAAACUUCCUGUUUAUGAAAAUAUAAGUAUAAAUUAUACGAAAUUGGACUGAUGUAAGCAAAUUAUAAUUUUAAGAAAUGAUGUAAUUUUUUUAUAUGUACAUUGCACGGAAAGUUACUUAUACACGAAUCAGCUAUCUGGAAUGAAACAAUAUUUGUUUUUAUUUUUUUUAUUGGUGUACUAUCUCCACGUUUUACAAAACAUUUAGUAUAUCUGGGACUGAAGUGGCAUGUUACCUAAUAACAUAUUCCAUUAUUUAUAUUUUAAUGGUGCUUUUAAAUUUGUUCACCACGAUAAUGAUGUAUUAUAUAUGUAUUAAUUCGUAUUUUAAAAAAGGAAGUUUCGACUGAAUAGGGCCGGAAUGAAUAGGACCCGAGGCGGGUCCAAGUAAACUGUCAAUUAAAAGGGCUUCUUAAAGCUGCACGCCUCCAGAUGAGCCAAAAUAUUUCAAAAAAUCAAUAUUGAGAAAAAUGUACUUACGUUUUAAGAAAAGUAAGACAUUCAAGAUUUGAGUUUAAUUUUACGUGUUAUGUGUGGUUAAGAUUGAUUUUGCGGCAUUUUAUCAUCAUAUUGCUACUGCGUUACUAACGCAGUAAGGGCUGUUUUUGCAUAUGUUUACCACUAUUUGGUAAUUUUCUUGGAUUGUAAGUGCCGAUUGCAAUAUGUUUAUUUGUUCACCUCACAAUAUUUUACUUUUAAAUACAUUUCUAAAACUUUUAUGAAAAUUGACAUGAAUCUGGAGGCAUGCUGCUUUAAGUAGUAUCUUUUUGUAUGAAAAUUAUAUUAGUUUACAUAGUCUAUACGAUAUAGAUCUAAAUAUAAUUUAUUAGAUCUUUCAUUUUAUUUUUUGCUACUGCUUUUGCUUUGUUUAUUAUUAUUAGUACUUUUUUGUUUUGUUUGUUUUUUUUUUGUUGCCGUUGUAAAUUGCUAUCUAGAUUACAGUAGUAAAUAGAUGGACGCA